AUGGCGGGUCUCCUGAACGACACGUUCAACUCCACGCCAGUGCUUGUCAUCCUCGUUCUCGUGAUUGUGUGGCGGCUCUCCGCAGCCUUUCGCCGCAAGUCUGUGCUCGAGUCCCUGCCUGUGCCAUCUGGGGCAGAGUUCGUCUGGGGCCAUGAGAAGCAGGUGUUUAUGAACGAACCAGGCCAAGCAUACAGAAAAUGGAAGAGCGAGCUUGGCUUGACCUAUCGCAUCAAGGCUGCGUUCGGGGCACCCGACAUUCUCGUGUUGAGCGAUCCGGUUUCAAUUGCCUAUAUCCUACAGAAGAAGAUAUACGACUAUCAUCACAGCAGGGUUGUGCGCCCCCGUGUAGCUCGCCUUCUAGGAAAGGGCCUUGGCUGGGUGGAGGGCGAGGCUGAGCACAAGCGGAUGCGCCGGCUAGUCAGCCCGUCUCUGUCACCUGAGAAUGUGAAGUCCAUGUCGAGCGACGUGAGAGUUGCCGCACUGGAGGUCGUCGACCAAUUCGUCAGCCAUGUGCAGUCCGGAGCGGAGAAGCCUGUCAAUAUCCUCGACUGGACGUCGAAGGCAACACUCAACGUUAUAGGACGCGUUGCGUUUCUGCAUGACUUCCAAGCGGGGAAUAGUCCUGAAGCCAAGCAGAUCUUAGGCGGGAGACGUCGCAGUGUUUCUCGUGCCGCUAAAUACGCUGGAUUUUUGACCUUGAUGCUGCUCCGCCGUUUCCCCAUCUUGAACGAUCUGCCUAUCGCUGCCAUUCAGUCCCAAGGCCUGGCAAAAGUCGCCAUCCAGACGGGCGUAGCACGCGAGCUGAUUCGGCGCAAUCAAGACAUCGUCAAAAACGGAGAUACUAAGGCCUCGAAAGAUCUUCUGAGCAGACUUCUGGUUGCACAUGCUGCGGGAGACAUCUCUGAGGAAGAGUUGUAUGAGCAGAUAUCCACAUUCAUCGUAUCUGGUCACGAGACAACCACACAGACAUUGGGUUUUACUAUCUACGAACUCUCUCGGCAUCCUGAGAUACAAGCAAAGUUACGUGAGGAGCUGGCAGCGGUUAAGGGUGAACCAACCUAUGACGACUUCCAGGCGCGUCUGCCUUACCUCGAAGCCGUCUUGCGAGAGACACUGCGACUGUACCCCGGCCUUCCGUACAUCGAACGCGUUGCGACUGUGCCCGACAGCAUCCCUCUGGGAGAACCUGUCAAGCUCUCCAAUGGCGAGGUCGUAAGCCAAAUUCCCGUCCUUCCUGGCCAGGUGGUCGUCAUCCCAUGCAUCGCGAUUCAUCGUAUGGACUCCGUGUGGGAGGAUCCCGAUGUCUUCCGACCUGAGCGCUGGCUGAAGGACCUUCCUGCAAGCGAGAAGCUCUGCUCCGGGUGGGCGAACACCCUCGCCUUCAGCGACGGCCCCCGCAAUUGCGUUGGUUAUCGGCUUGCCAUCUUCCAGUACAAGGUCAUCCUGACCUACCUCUUGGAGAGGCUCAAGUUCGGAGACGCCGGUAUGGACAUCACGUUGAAGAUCGCUUCCAGUCUCCAAGCGUGGGUCAAGGACCGACCGGAGCUCGGAGGCUGCCUCCCAGUAAACGUUGAUCUAUUGUAGGUUUGAUAUAUCCUGCGAAGGGCGAUGUGUAUAGAAUGCUAUGUAUCCUCAGAC